UGAGGACCUCCACAUCAACAACAAAGACUCUCCGUGGAGGUGGCACCAGCAACCGGUCUUCUUCCACCUCCCUCUUUUCCUUCACACACACCCACACCAGACCAGCGAAGAAGAUUAGAAGAUUGAAUUAGUUGGUCCAGCUUGGCUUGCGGAGCUUCCCAAGCAGCAGACUAAUUUUUCUCUCUCUCGGCAGCUGUUAGCUGAUCAAGUCUUCAUCCUCCUCCUAAUCCUUCUUGUCUUGCCUGCAGUCUGCAGACAAACACAUAGUACAUAGGGAGUACUAGACAUAAAGCGCCACGCAUCUCGCCGGCGAUUUUCCUAGGAUUUCUACAGCUAAGCUAGCUGUCCGCCAUUGGUCCAGUUGAUUCCUUCCUCCGGCCGGCCACGGCCUGCUCGUUUCUUGAUUGAUUCAUUGAUUCAUUCUUUCUCGGCGAAAUCGCCAUUGUUGCCAAUCUUAGCUAGGAUCCACGCACUAGCACUAUAGCUGUAGCUGCAGCUGCAGCUUUGCUCUAGCUUGGAGGAGGACCAGCGACCAAGAAAGAUUCCCUGCAGCAAGCAGAGAACACCUCGGCCUAGCCGCAAUGGGCGGAACCGGCGGCGACGCGGGCCGGGGGAGCCGGCACCGGAAGCGCAGGCUGCUACUAAGCAAGCUCUACACCUACGCCUGCGCGCGCCGCCCCAGCGCGGUGGACGACGAGGGGUCCCGGAUUGGCGGCCCGGGCUUCUCCCGCGUCGUCCACGCCAACGACCCCGCCGCCGCCGCGGCGGCGGAAGGAGGAGGGUACCGGUCGAAUUACAUCUCCACCACCAAGUACAGCGCGGUGACCUUCAUCCCCAAGUCCCUGUUCGAGCAGUUCCGGCGCGUGGCCAACAUCUACUUCCUCGCCGUCGCGCUGCUCUCCUUCUCCCCCAUCGCGCCCUUCAGGUGGCAAACGGCGGUGUCGCCGCUCGUGCUGGUGCUCCUGGUCACCAUGGUCAAGGAGGCCAUCGAGGACUUGAGGAGGAAGCAGCUGGAUGUUGAGGUGAACAACAGGAAGAUCAAGGUGCUCCAGGACGGCACCUUCCACCAGACAAAAUGGACCAAGCUCCGGGUCGGCGACGUGGUCAAGGUGGAGAAGGACGAGUACUUCCCGGCCGACCUCAUCCUCCUCUCGUCGAGCUACGAGGACGCCAUCUGCUAUGUGGAGACGAUGAACCUCGAUGGGGAGACCAACCUCAAGCUCAAGCAGUCCCUCGACGUCACCUCCCACUUACAGGACGAUGACAGUUUCACCAGUUUCGGGGCCGUGAUAAGGUGCGAGGACCCCAACGCGCACCUCUACUCGUUUGUCGGGAACAUAGAGGUCGAGGAGCGGCAGCACCCGCUCUCACCGCAGCAGCUGCUGCUCAGGGACUCCAAGCUCCGGAACACCGAGUACGUCUACGGCGUGGUUAUUUUCACGGGACAUGACACCAAGGUCAUGCAGAAUGCUACCACUGUUCCUUCUAAGAGGAGCAAGAUCGAGAAGAAGAUGGAUGGGGCCAUCUACCUGCUCUUGUGUUCGCUCGUCUUGAUCUCGGUCAUCGGCUCGGUUUUCUUUGGCAUUGCGACCAAAGAUGAUCUGCGAGAAGAUGGGAGGAUGACGAGGUGGUACCUCAGGCCCGAUGACACCACCAUUGUCUUCGAUCCGAAUAAACCGGCCAUCUCCGCAGUAGUGCAUCUCUUUACAGCCAUGAUCCUUUACGGGUACUUCAUCCCUAUCUCCUUGUACGUCUCCAUCGAGCUCGUCAAGCUACUGCAAGCUAAGUUCAUCAACAGUGACAUCCAAAUGUAUCAUGAAGAGAGUGAUACGCCGGCUCAUGCUAGGACAUCCAACUUGAACGAGGAGCUGGGUCAAGUCCACACGAUACUCACGGAUAAAACCGGGACUUUGACUUGUAACUCCAUGGAGUUCAUCAAAUGUUCCAUCGCAGGCACGGCGUAUGGGCGUGGAAUCACCGAGGUCGAGAGAGCUAUGGCGAAGAAGAAAGGUUCGCCCUUGAUCGCCGAUAUGGAAAUCGGUAUCGAAGGCUUUCAGUCCGAGGGGAAAUCUGCAGUCAAAGGAUUUAACUUCGCCGAUGAGCGUGUCAUGGAUGGUAAAUGGGUGAACCAGGACCACUCCGGUGUGAUUGAGAAGUUCUUCCGCUUGUUGGCCGUCUGCCAUACAUGUAUACCGGAAGUCGACGAACAAUCAGGGAAGAUUUCAUAUGAAGCAGAGUCUCCCGAUGAGGCUGCUUUUGUUGUUGCGGCACGGGAACUUGGUUUCACAUUUUACCAAAGGACGCAGGCAGGAGUUUCUCUGCAUGAGUUAGAUCCCUUGUCCGGAGAGCAAGUUGACAGAUUCUAUAAGGUCUUGCACGUCCUUGAGUUCAACAGUGCUCGGAAGCGGAUGUCGGUAAUAGUUAAGGACGAGGAGGGGAAGACAUUUCUCUUUAGUAAAGGCGCUGACAGUAUAAUGUUCGAGAGGCUAUCUAGCUCUGAGAGUACUUACAGUGAAGCGACGCAGCAGCACAUAAAUGAAUACGCUGAUGCUGGCCUGAGAACACUAGUUCUCGCAUACCGGCAACUUGAGGAGGCGGAAUAUGCUAAGUUCGACAGGAAGUUCACUGCAGCUAAGAAUUCUGUUAGUGCUGAUCGAGACGAGCUGAUUGAAGAGGCUGCAGAUUCGCUAGAGAGGGAUUUGAUUCUUCUUGGUGCUACAGCUGUUGAGGAUAAACUACAAAAGGGGGUACCUGAAUGCAUCGACAAACUUGCCCAAGCUGGCAUCAAGAUAUGGGUGCUGACAGGCGACAAGAUGGAGACCGCCAUCAACAUUGGAUAUGCCUGCAGUCUACUCAGACAAGGGAUGAAACAAAUAACAAUCACACUGGAUACACCAGAUAUCAUUGCCUUGGAGAAAGGUGGUGACAGAGCAGCCAUUACAAAGGCAUCAAAGGAUAGCGUUGUGCAGCAAAUAAAUGAAGGAAAGAAACUCAUAAAUGUAUCUGCUAGUGAAUCACUCGCUUUGAUCGUUGAUGGUAAAUCGCUUACAUAUGCGCUCAGAGAUGAUACUAAGGGCAUGUUCCUUGAUCUUGCGACUGGGUGCAGUUCAGUCAUUUGCUGUCGUUCUUCUCCAAAGCAGAAGGCUCUUGUCACUAGGCUAGUCAAAGCUGGAACUCGUAAAGUUACAUUGGCAAUUGGUGACGGUGCAAACGACGUAGGCAUGAUUCAGGAGGCAGAUAUUGGGGUAGGAAUCAGCGGUGCCGAAGGAAUGCAGGCUGUCAUGGCGAGUGAUGUUUCCAUCGCGCAGUUUCGCUUCCUCGAGCGUCUGCUACUUGUGCAUGGGCAUUGGUGCUAUAGCAGGAUCUCAUCGAUGGUAUGCUUCUUCUUCUACAAAAACAUCGUUUUUGGCGUGACCCUGUUCCUGUAUGAGUGCUACACAUCAUUUUCUGGCCAAACUUUCUACAACGAUUGGUCAAUGUCGCUCUAUAAUGUCCUCUUCACGUCGUUACCUGUGAUUGCUAUGGGUGUGUUUGAUCAAGAUGUUUCCGCUCGGUUUUGUCUCAAGUACCCAAUGCUCUACCAAGAGGGUCCUCAGAACCUGCUCUUUCGAUGGUCAAGGCUCCUAGGAUGGAUGCUGCAUGGUGUGGCCAGCGCCGUGAUCAUAUUCUACCUCACGAUCGCGUCGCUCAAGCACCAAGCGUUCCGCAGCGGAGGCGAGGUCAUAGACCUCUCGACCCUCGGCGCGACCGCCUACACGUGCAUAGUCUGGGCCGUCAACAUGCAGAUGGCUAUCACGGUGAACUACUUCACCCUCAUCCAGCACAUCUGCAUCUGGACCAGCAUCGCCCUAUGGUACGUGUUCCUCCUGGCGUACGGGGCGAUCACUCCAUCGUUCUCGACCACAUUCUUCAUGGUGUUCUCCGAGGCGCUGGGCGGCGCGCCAGCCUACUGGGUGGUGACCCUGCUGGUCUCUGUCGCGGCCCUCAUCCCCUUCUUCACCCUGUCAGUGGUGAAGACGUGGUUCUUCCCGGACUACCACAACAAGAUCCAGUGGCUGCAGCACAAGGCGAAGGCCGACGACCCAGAGACGGAGCUGGGCAUGGUCCUGCGUCAGUUCUCAGUGAGGUCCACCGGGGUUGGCGUCUCAGCACGCCGCGAUGCCAAGCUCGUCCGCGUCAACAGCAGGGUUUUCCAAGCAGACUCAUCAUCACAAGGUGAUCAGUUACCAUAGGACACCUAUAGUAGCUCUCCUGUAAAUAUCAACAGGCAAGGUAAUUAGGACUCAACUGUACAUGACGAGGAGUAAUAAUUUUGUUUGUAGACAGUAGUUAAAGAAGGAGGGCAGGGAUGUAAGUUUAAUUAGGAGAUCACUUAAUUUCUUCCCCUCAUUAUUAUUUUGGGGUUCAUUCUUCCCUUCUUCUUUUAAAUAUCUUUUGUUCUUUAGUUAGACAAAAUAUCUUGAUGGGAAUAAAGCAUGUAUUUUAUUUUUAUCCA